CUGUCUCCGAGUCCCGACUCCUCCCUCAGUUCAGCUUCAUUCUGCUUCACUUCAUCCAACAAGUGUCUCCUCUCAGGUCAGCCGUCGUAGUUUCGCCGAACAGACUCAGAGACGGAGCAGAAAGUCGCCUGCCACCUGUCUCAGGAUGCCUUUCGGAGGAGGAAACAAGUGCGGCUGCUGCCAGAAAACUGUCUACUUCGCUGAGGAGGUGCAGUGUGAGGGGAAGAGCUGGCACAAGUCCUGCUUUCUGUGCAUGGUCUGCAAGAAGAACUUAGACAGCACAACAGUGGCCGUCCACGUGGACGAGAUCUACUGCAAGUCAUGCUACGGCAAGAAAUACGGGCCAAAAGGCUACGGCUUCGGAGGAGGAGCCGGCGUCCUGAGCAUGGACACGGGAGAAGGACUCGGAAUCAAACCUGAAGAACAUGCUCCACAUCGCCCUACAAACAACCGCAACGCCUCAAAGUUUGCCAAGACGCCAGGAGGCUCAGACGUGUGUCCUCGAUGUGAGAAAACGGUGUACGCAGCCGAGAAGGUCGUCGGCGGAGGCAAUUCAUGGCAUAAGGGCUGCUUUCGCUGUGCCAAAUGUGGCAAAGGACUCGAGUCGACGACCCUCGCUGACAGAGACGGAGAGAUCUACUGUAAAGGUUGCUAUGCAAAGAACUUUGGUCCAAAGGGCUUUGGCUUCGGUCAGGGUGCAGGAGCUCUUUCUCACGCCCAGUGAAGCCGGAGUCCAUCAGCUUCCAGCAUCUUUCAGUCAAUAUCUGUCAAGUUUAGCGCUGCCCUUCUUACUCCAGCCACACCACAUGUAGGUUUGUGCACACGUUCAUCCAAACACAUUGUUGCUUCAGAAUCAGGUGUAAACAUUUAAAAACGCCGAGCUCUAACUCUGUCUUCUUGUGUGUUUAAACCAAGCACUUAACAAAACGGCCAUUUUCAACACAAGGAGACACAAAUACUGAGUUUGAUUAACAUCUAAAAAACAGUCUGACAGCUGAGGGAAAAAAAACAACCUUAACCCUCCUGUUGUCUUCAUUUACGGGCACCGAAAAAUAUUGUUUCCUUGUCUGAAGAAAAUCUAAAAAUUCAGCAAAAAAAUUCCUCAAAUUUCAGAAAAUUUGCAAAACCUUCAGGAAGAAAAUUUCAAUAAUUCCUGAGAAGUUUUAAUUUAAUAAUAAUCCCCAAAAUGUAGCAAGAAAAUCCUUGUAAAUAUUUUCAAAAAAUUAAUAAAAAUCUUUAAAAAAUCCUAAAAAUAUCUAAACUUCUUAAUUCGCUGGAUUUCGGUAAGGAACAUUUUUUAGCAUUUAUUUUAUUUCAGAAGUUUCACUCUGAAAAUAUAUUUUUCCCCACAUUUUCAAACUUUAAAUUUGCAAAACCUUCAGGAAGAAAAUUCCAAUAAUUCCUUAAUUUAAAAAAAAAAUCCCCCAAAUGUGGCAAGAAAAUUCUUGUAAAUAUUUUCAAAAAAUGAGUAAAAAUCUUCCAAAAAAACCCCAAAAUAUGUAAAGUGAUUACAUAUACGUAUAUCAGUAAAACUUCUGUUGUUUUCUUUAAGAACAUUCACAUAAAAACCAACCAAAAUCCAGCGAAUUUCGAUUUUUAUGUGAAUGUUCUUAAAGAAACAUUUUUAACAUUUCUUUUUUCCACCAAAAAAUGUUCAAAAAUUUCCCAGUAACAUUGAAAAUGUGGACAUCGGAAGUUUCACUGUGAAAAUAUUUUUUUUCCACAUUUUCAAACUUUAAAACGGGUCAAUUUUGACCCGCAGCACAACAGAAGGAGGAAAUCAUUCUUACUGCCUUACAUGUCAAAUGGUGUAUAUAUUGCCCUGAAAUAUGCUUUAUUUUGUUGCUGUGACCCAAAAUAAAUAUCAUGCAAAAAGCACACAA